CAACAGUACCGCGGCGUCCGUCGUCAUGAUCGUGCGGGUGCGAUAUCUAUUCGCGCUGCUUGCGUUGGCGCAUGUUUCGAUCGCUUUAGUCGACGAUGUGCUAGACAUAAUCAAAUUAGGGAAGGAAAUCAGCGAAGACAUCAUCAACUCAUGGGACAUAGUCGGGAAACCAUUCAAUGCGUCAGGUGGAGUGGAAUUGCCGUUAUUUAGAAGAAGGGAGAAGGCUGUGUUGCGGCGAAUAGCUCAAAUCUCACGUUCGAUAGAAAAGGUUGAAGCCAGCAUAGAGAGGACGAGUGGAGUGUUGAUGCUGUUGACGAAGAACAAUGGAAAGGGGUCGAGGUUGGAGCUGAGGUUGCACGAAAUGACGGAUUUGUUGAGCAGGGUUUCGGCAGCCGAUGCGAAGAUGAGGGAAUAUGUAACUCUUCAGAGGGACUUGGAAAAGAUAACACUGGAGAAUUUCGCCAUGUGGUGUGUGUCGCAUGACGCGGGUGCGUUGCCCUCCAUUUUGGACCGGGUACACGCGUUAAUCGCGCCCCCUCAUAAACAUCUGCUGGGACGGAAUCUGUUCGGAUUGGUUUUGGAAGACGUGGGGGAUGAGCACCCCGACCUGUGCGAGCUGCAGAUGUCGCAGCACCAGCUCAUCUACGACAUGUACAACACGAUAUCGUUGGCGGAGAUCAAGGGAUACGCUAUGAUGCAGUUCUCCUGGAUGCUGCUCAGGAUAUACGGCAAAGGAAACUUCACCCAAGAAGCAAGCCUCACGAGACAAAGGUAUGGCCAGAGAACAAAUCAGACUGCGGCGGCUGCCAGAGCAGCGCUAUCGUUGGCCAAACGCGAUCUGCAUCGGUGUGACCCUGAGGUCCAUAAAGAAGGCGUAACCUACGAGAUGGUGAAGCGUCUCCUUCAAGGCUACAUCGAAAAUGAAGUGGACCUAAACUCGGACGGAACCUGCAGAGAGAAUUGUGCCUAUUACACCGUGGCGGAGAACAAGGGAUGCUUCAAGGACCAGUUCUGCUCCAAGCAAAAGGCUUGUAAAGGCAGGAUCAUUGAUUGCACCUUCGUCGAAUCGGACAUGUGGGUUUGUCAGCCGAACAGCUGGUACGACCAUAGGCGAUAUCAAUGGAUCAAAUACGAAAGCGGGCGUACACUCGGACACGCUGAUACUUGCUCAGGGAUCACGACCAAGGUGGACUCCUGGUGGAGAUGGAACUUGCUACACUGCUCGUACUGUUUUUGCCUGUGCGAGGAAGAUGUCCACGACAACGGCACCCAAAGAUUCUUCAGCUUAGUAGAGGCUUUAGCAGACUUUGAUAGAAACAAGGUUGUGACUGGUAUUCGUCUCGUCAAGCACGGAAGAGUGUUCCAUCUUCAGGUCAGCGAAGGAACUCUUGGAGAACGGGGUUCAGUGACCCCUGGAUCUUGGGUCGAGCUGAAGAGCAAAUUUGACCCUGAAGACUACGAGGUCACGGAGGGAGUGGAUUUUCACACUUUGACUUACGAAAAGAGAGCCAUAGAUUUGGACGAACUAGAAUCGCCUUCAGGGCAUGUUAUGACUGGUGCAAGGUUUAGAAUGAUCGGUGCCCACUUGCACUUCGAGAUUCGCGCCACGCCCUUCAACUACACCACGGGCAGGCUGUCACCGGAGAGAAGUCUAUGGAUCAGCAACGACAACACCGACGGCACGUUCAGUCCCAGAAAAAAGCUCGAUCUGACAUCACCAGACAUCCCGACUCGGUCCAACGUGCCCCUCCCGGUGGAUUCCAUCCACGAUCAGUACAUGGAGUUCACACACAGUGACAUGAGCAAAGACGCGGCGCAGAACACUGUGCCUUACAUCGACAUACAGCCAGUGCAGCCGCUGAAAGGAGCGGCUUUACUAAGCGGCGCGGGUAUAAUUCACCGCGGAAUCCCAGGGUCCGGUGGUUUCCUAGCGGCCAAAGUGAUCACAUACGACUUCUCUCACCACGUUCAGGCAGAGAUGCCUUCCGAGGAGAACUACCACGAGGACGACACUACGGACUUCGUACCGAUGGUCAACUAAUGGUAGGGUUGGAUCGUGGGAAGUUGAGCUUUGUGACUAUCGUGAUAAGGUCCGAAAUUUGAUUAUGACUGCUCCAUGUUUAAAUCAUUUCAUCGCACUUGUUCAGCAUUUACACUGCAAUUGAAGGCGCCAAAGUCAGUUUUAUCGCAAUAAUCAUAAAGUUCAUUCUUCAGUGUAUGCAAGGGAACAAAAAAUUAAGCUUCCAUCGGUUGCGUUAUUCCCUUGUUGUGAGCGAGUGGAUCAAAUAAUUUUACUAUAAUUUGCUAUAGCUAUUAAUUAAAACGAUUGGAAUCUGUUUAAGUCUUUUGGAUGUUGGAAAUUGAAGUUUUAUGAAAUACAUUUUUUUUUAAAUCAAAUUCAGAUAUACCAUAUGUCAUGAAAAUUGUGAUUUUGACUUAGACAUAAGAAGUCUUAGAUCAAAAACUCUGUAAUUUAAUUAUUAAGAUAAUUAUAAUAAGAUUAAAAUUUUAAUACUAAUCUCCGUUGUGAAAAUGAGCAAAGCCACAUACAAACACACAAUAGUAAAUGCGUCAAGAAAUUGCGCAAUCAUUUUAUAUAAUCUUUCACAAUUGCUGAUAUUUUUGAUGAUUGUCAUUGCAUUGUUUCGAUCGAUUGAUUUAAUGCGGAUUUUUUUUACAUAUCAUCUCAAUAGUAAUAGUAAAAAGUCAGUAUAAUUUUGAAGUAUUUUCGCACUGUUUGUGGUUAUUAGCUAGUUUUCACUCAAACUCCUUAGUCAUGUAAUCUUUUUUACGUAAAUUAGAAUGCAUUUUGUAUGAAUAAUUAUAAGAAUUGAAA